AUGGUCACAGCAGCGUCGGUCGACCCUCUUGAUCUCCUCCGUCGCGGGCGGGCUGCCACACUCGAUCCCAUCCGUUAUGGCCUCGACGACCCUGAUCAUACAUGUGAUAUAGACGGUAUCAUCUGGACCGGUGAGGACCAACAGCAAUGGACCCUUGAAAACAUAACCUCCUUCCUCAACUCCGUUUACGUCGGCCGUAUCGCAUAUGACUAUAUGGACCUCCCGAGCAAGACGGAGAGGCUGUGGUUUGCGAAGCUGUUGGAGUCUCAGAGCGCUUUAGAGCCAAUGACUGUCAUCGAUGCGGGUAGACAGAAGAACAUACACGCUUUGCUCGCCAAGUCAGAGGUGUUGGACAAUUUCUUACAGGUCAAGUUUCCGAAUUUGAAGAGAUAUGGUCUUGAGGGCGGGGAAUCCAUGCUGCCUGCAUUGGACGCCCUAUUUGAGGCAGCAUCCAAGGCUGGCAUAACUCAGCUUAUCCUUGCUAUGCCUCACAGAGGACGCCUUAAUCUGCUUACUGGGCUCCUGGAAUACAACCCUACUUCCCUGUUUCACAAAGUCAAGGGCGGUUGUGAAGUGGACGAAUCCUUGGGUGUUUCCGGUGACGUCCUCAGUCAUCUUGUUGCAUCCCCGACAUUGCAGUACGGCGAAGCUGAUGACAUAAAAGUCUCGUUGCUGCCAAAUCCAUCCCAUUUGGAGGCCGUGAGCCCUGUUGCGCUUGGAAAAGCCAGAGCGAAGCAAUUUAGGUUGCUCAAGACCCUAUCUGACGACAAAAAUAACCAAGACUGCAUGCUUGGUGAUAAGCUGCAUGGUGAUGCCAGCUUCACAGGACAAGGAGUAGUAAUGGAAACCCUUGGCUUGAGUGGUCUUCCACACUUCACAAGCGGCGGAAGUGUCCACAUUGUCGUCAAUAACAACAUCGGAUAUACUACUCCCGCCUCCUCCGCCCGCUCUUCCUUUUACUGUAGCGACAUUGCCAAGAUGAUCAACUGUCCAGUUCUGCACGUCAAUGGAGACUGCCUCGAAGAUGUGGUUCGCGCUGUCGACAUCGCCUUCAAGUACCGCAACCACUUCCGCAAGGACAUCGUAAUCGAUCUCAUUGUUUAUCGCCGCUGGGGACACAAUGAGCCUGAUGAACCGGCAUUCACGCAGCCGCUCAUGUACGACAAAAUUCGUUCCAGGAGUUCUGUCCCGAAGUUGUAUGAGGAUAAGCUCAUCUCGGACGGUGUGAUCUCGGCUGAAGCAGCACGAGCUGUCCGAGACAGUUACAAAGCCUCGCUGAAUGCUGCGCUAAUGGAUGUAGCGUCGUAUCUCCUCCCUCCCGUGACUUUUGAGGGAGCGUGGAAAGGCAUGGUUUGGCCAGCAUCUCCUGCAGCACGUCAAGACGAGACAGGCAUGAGCAGUACUGUGCUCAAGGACGUUGGCAAAGCCAGCGUACAUGUCCCUGAGGAGUUCGAAACCCAUCCGCGGUUGAACAGGCAUGUGAAAAACCGCCUCAAAAGCAUUGAGGUCGGCGAAGGCGUCGACUGGGCAAGUGUGGAGGCGAUGGCAUUCGGCUCGCUGAUGCUUGGGGGCUGCGAUGUGCGUAUCGCGGGGCAGGAUGUUGGGAGGGGGACAUUUAGUCAUCGCCACGCGAUGUUGGUGAACCAGAAGACAGAGGGCGUGAUUGUUCCGCUGAACCACGCUCUUACAGAGGCGAAGGGCAAGCUGGAACUAGCGAAUAGCUCUCUCAGCGAGAUGGCCGUACUUAGCUUUGAAUAUGGAGCAUCUUGGGAACGACCUGAUCUAUUGCCCAUCUGGGAGGCACAGUUUGGUGACUUCUUUAACGGCGCACAAAUCAUUAUUGACACGUUCAUUGCGAGUUCAGAGAGUACGUCUUUGUGCUUGCUUAGCGGUAUCGUCCUGCUCCUCCCUCAUGGUCUAGAUGGUGCUGGCCCUGAGCAUUCCAGUUGCCGUAUAGAGCGGAUGUUGCAGGGACUACUUCGACUUCCUGCCGCGUCGUCGAAGCUGACUGACAUAGGCCCCGGAACAGUGUUCCAGCCCGUUCUCCAGGACCUGGCAACUGUCACCGACUCCAAAGCUGUCCAGCGCGUCGUGCUGCUCAGCGGCAAGAUCUACUGUGACCUCGCAAAAGAGCGCGCAACACGCAACCUCCAAUCGCACGUCGCCCUCAUCCGCAUCGAAGAGCUCGCGCCGUUCCCAUUUGCUGCGCUUAGUGAAGCGCUUGCGCCUUAUGUCAAUGCUAAUAUGCAAUCGGAGGUGCUAUGGGUGCAGGAGGAACCUAGGAAUCAGGGCGCGUGGAGUCAUGUACAGGAGCGUAUUGAGGAGGUAUUGAAGGGAUUGGGCAUAGAUGGUGGCGUGGCGUAUAGGGGGAGGAAGGAAGACGCAGUGGCUGCGCCAGGGAUUGGAAAGUUGUAUGGGGCACAGCAGCUGGCUGUCAUUGACAGCGCCUUUAAGGGGCUGUGA